AUGGCAGUUCACUCUGUCUGCAAUACCAGGUACUCUGAGUCCCUUUCAGCCACAAGUCUUCAAGUUGUUCUGCAGAACCUUCUGGUGUGUGCCAUCUUAUUCUACACUGUUUACUACCCAUCACUGAGCAUAUGUUGCCACUCAAGGGAGGUGUGGGAACUGGAUGUCCUGGCACCAUUUGACUUCGAAACACGUCCUUCAUGGCUCAACACAAAUUAUAAAGUCCUCUUAGUCUCAACAGAAGUCACCUACUUGGUUUGUGGAUUGCUUUUUGCUCUGAUUGUAUAAGAAUGGGUUUGGGAUUAUGUGAUUUCCGUGACUAUACUUCCUGUACUCAUCACAUCAGCUGUUACAUUGGCAUUCCCCUUGACGUCACAUUGGUGGGCUGCUUUAGGUACAUGA